AAACUCCGCACUGUCAACAGAAUGGGGAUAUAGGUUUGCAGGGUAUGCUGACAGAUGUCAUGAAUGAGCUGAUUGAUGAGGUCACACUUGGUCUGUGCUUUGAUAUCCACAGAGCCUCAAAGAUUGGCACAUUGUUUUUAGGAGAUACAGAUCCAAAGUCACAACGUGAAUAUGAAAUAGUAGAAAAACUUGGAGUAGAUGUGUUUGGCCAAGUGCCAACGAAAAAGCAAUUUGAAUGCGUCUGUCCAAAUUGCCAGCGAAAUCUUGCAGCAUCCAGAUUUGCUCCCCACCUAGAGAAAUGUAUGGGCAUGGGCCGAAAUAGUUCACGAAUAGCCAGUCGCCGUCAGGCCCGCAUUGCCAAGGAAAGUGAGACAAGUAGUCGAGUAGCUACACUUGGGAAGGUUGAGAGUGACGAACACGACAGUCCUGAUGAUGAUAACGAUGUUGACUGGAGUUACAAUGUAGACAAGAAAGUGAAAAAGUUGAAGAAAGAAAAGAUUUUAACACACUCUCCUAGAAGGAACAAGCAUAAUAAGUUUAGGAAUGGAAAUCAUUUAACUGGUGAUAACAACUCUGAUCGCUCAGGGACUCCAGAACCUUCCACACCUAGUUAUGAGUUGAUGACAAUUGAGGAAAGAAAGCAGCUUCUCCUACAAACAUGUGGCGUCAUAUCUGAACACACAAAGAAAAUGUGCACAAGAUCUCAUCGCUGUCCACAACACACAGAUGAACAACGGCGACAAGUUCGGGUAUUUCUCCUAGGGCAUGCAAAUGUGGAGGAUGAUGUUCACAUUGACAUUGACAGUCUGGAUGAUGUCGAUAAUCAGUCUCUCAGGGAAUCUUUACAGUGGGAGGUCAACUCCUCGGCCUCUUCUCCCACUGAUUCCACCUCCACAAACAACAGCACAUCAGGUACCAAGAAAAGACCCCCAUCAAAAUCAAAUUCUUCCAAAAAUUCUAACUCAAAGAAAAAGAAAGGCAGCAAACAUUCAUCAAACUCCGUUACAAAUUCUCAUGGAGUGUCAACAAACUCUCUCACAUCGUCGAGCUUGUAUGACUUUGAAUGACAGCAAAGACUAAUCUAGUUUUUUACAAUGUAUUACAAAACUUAGUCCAUCAUUAUCAUCAUCAUCAUCAUCAUCAUCAUCAUCAUCAUCAUCAUCAUCAUCAUCAUCAUCAAAUUGCCCUUCGUCUGUGGUCUGUCUGUCUGUCCCGACUUAAAGAAUUCUUGUUUUUUUUAUUUCUUCAAAGAUACGGGAUUGGUACCUUGUUGUGUAUAUUCAAUUUUGGGACUAAUUUGGAAACCAACAUGACUGACAGGUGACCAUCUUGGAUUUUGACAAUGAAAGUUUGUUAUCACUAUUUCUUGAAAAGAUGAAUCAAUUUCACCUUUCAUGUGUAGGUUUCCGUUUGUCCUGUUUAAGUUGUACAGGAUUGAUGUUUGAACAGAUUGGAAAGCAAAAUAGCAAACAGGCUGUAAUCUUUGAUUUUGACAAUUGAGGUUUGUUAUUUUGUGAUCAGAAAUGUAGAUGGCCAAUAUUGGUGACCAUUUUAAGACACUUUCAGAUCGUAAAAACCUUUUCUGUAGAUACACUGGAUAGGUACUUUUUAGAUUUCAUAUACAUUAUAUUGAUUUCCAUUUUGUUAUUGGUGUUACUAGGUUAGUAAUUCACUACUCACUACAACAUAUAAAGGAUAUAAGUGGAAAGAAGCUCUAACUGAAGAGCAUAAGGCCAAGCGUAAGCGCCAACAUCCCUAGAGGAUCUCGUUUGAUUUUGUAUAUAAAACUUGUGUCUGUACAUGUAGCUCAAAUUUAUACAGAGUUCAUCUUUAAUUAUUAAUAAUCCUAACCACAAUUUUUAGAUGAAAGGAAUUUGUUGACAAAUUUCUGUGUAUAUUCUGAACACCAAUUUGAACAGUGAAAUAGAAUACAUGUGUAUUUUCAAAUUUCAGUGAAGUUAUUGUUGUGAAAGAUUCAGUUAGAUGGUAUACAUGUACUCAAAAUGUAAAUUUUGGCUUGUUUGUUUCAAAUGUCAUUGUCAAAGUACUUUACUUUCACAGAAAUAGAUUUUUAGAAGUCAACCUGAAGUUUACAUGACUGCUUUACUUCUGAGUAUAUUUACUUUCAGAAUUAAGUGCAUUCUGUGUUAAUUGAACUGUUGGUAGAUUUAUAUCAUCUUUGAUCAUAUCAGCUUAAGAACUCUUCAAAUGUUCCCUCAAGAAUAGCCAGUUUGCCCUUGUCCAUAAAAAUCUGUGCAACACUUUUGAAAUUUGCGGAUGGCCUUUUUCGUGAUCAAGGUACUGGUUAUUGAACCAGCUGUAAUUCCAAUGGAGAAACAGCAUUUAUCAUAUACACAAACGAUGCAUAAUUUCUCAAAAGGAUCCUGAAAAGCUGACCAUUGUUUGGCGUCCCAAGUGCUGAAACUUUGUAUCAUACAAUUUAUUUCAAAUUUAUUUGUUCAGUGUAUGAAACUGUAUCGGUCAUAUAUUUCUUAAAUGUUGAUUGACAUGUUUUUGUUUAAUUCGGUAAUGUUUUGACUGAUAUAUUAUCAAAACAUAUUAGAAGUUGUAGAUAGUCUUUUAAACGACAAGUUUUCAAUUUUUAGGUCACCUGAGACAAUGUUUCACAAGACCUUUUGCAAUCUCC